AAUUAUAGAUUCAUCCUGUCUCAUGACUAGAAUGUAUAGAAAGAAGGAAACAAUGAUAAAUGAUUUGAUCAUUUUGAUAAGAUAAAAGUGGACAAUGUCAAGAAAGACAAUUCUGAAAUCUUCGAAAAAGAGAAUACUGAUAUGUGACUUGGGCCAACGUACAUUUAAUUUAUCAACUCAAAACACAAGCAGUUCUGAAAAUGAAGUGUCUUCUGAAGCAGCAGUAAGAAAUGCGGGAUCUCGGGUUUACAGCAUCAAUCUGCGACAUAAUGUAUCACCAGUGACGAAGAAGAGGAAAUCUAAUAAGAAUGUCACUUUGUCACCCAAGGCUCCCAAAUAUAAAAUUCCAAGGAGAACCCAAAACCAAAUAAAAAGAAAUAAUAAAAAUCAGCUAAGCUCUUCAAAUGAGCUUCUCAAAAAUCACUCGGACAACACAGCCAAGAGUAAAAAGAUCAGUGAAAUAUCUGUGCAGAAUAAAAACAAAGAAACUAUAUUCUCUAGGAAAAACAUAGCUUCUAGCCCUGAAGGAGACAAUUUCCAAAGACAAAAUGGGCAAAUACCACUGAAUGGCUUAACAAAGGAGCAAAAACUUAUUCAGUCAGAAACAGGAAAGAUUUUUGCUUCAGCUUUGGAAGAUGAUCAAAGUUUGUGUGAGACAAACAGCUGUAUGAGCCAAGCAUAUGAUAAUCUGGAUGUGAUAGUUUCACAGCGGCCAUCAAAUAAUGACAACAACUCAGGUAAAAAUAGAAACCGUAAGUCUAGAGACAAUCAGUUGUUGAACCAGCCAGGUAAUAGAAAUGGCAGCAUGAUAAGUGGCAAGCCGAUUGAUUCAGGUAAGCCGACAAAAGAAACGGAUUGUGAUAAUGGUAAAAGUGGAACUGUAAAUGGUAAGACAUUUAAUAAGCUAAAGCUGAAAAGAAAUCAAUCAACCAAACCAAAACAAGACAUUGAAAAUACAACCAGAAAAUUUGUUGAUCCAAGACGAUCACAAAAUAAUAAUGGUAAUUCUCUCAGCAAUAAACCCAAUUUUCAACACAGCAAAAAUAAGUCAGAUUCUAACAUAAAUAAACAAAAACGCAACAAAUCUUGGACAUUUCCAAUUAGAAGCGAAACUCAUCCAUCCUUGGGUGACAAAAUACAUGACCAGCCUCAAGCGGAAGCAACAGCUAAACACCAUCCUUGUUUUGCUUUGAAGCAGAACAAUACAAAAGUUGGCAGAUCUGUAAAAAAAUGUGAUUCUGUGUCUGAAUCAAAAGAUACCACAAAUAGUAAGGAACCAGAAGAUGCAUCAGAACUUGAUUAUCCAUCAUCUACAUUCCAAGAGCAGGAUAUACCAAUAAAUAUCUUUGAGUACAACUCGUCUCCAGUGAAAAAAAAGAUUCCGAGCAGAGUAAGAAGGAUGAAGGAUAAUACAAAGAAAACAAAAGAGCUUGGAUGA